GCAGCAAUGUUUCCCUUCUUCAGAAAAUCUCCGGAAUCUAAAAAGCCCUCUGCACCAGAUACAGAAGCAGAUGGAUUUGUCCUUUUAGGAGACACAGCACAUGAGCAAAGAAAGUCAACAGAAGGUAAAACUUCAGAAGCCGAAGGCAACCAACCUUUGGAGACUGGCAAAGAAAACUCAUCCUGUGUGACUGUAGCAAGCCCCGAGAUGGAAAAUAAGGCAGGCCAGACUUUGGAAAACAACUCAUUAAUGGCCGAACUCCUGAACGACGUACCCUUCACCUUGGCCCCACACGUCCUGGCCGUGCAGGGCACCAUCAGUGACCUUCCAGACCACUUACUCUCCUAUGAUGUCAGCGAAAAUUUAUCACGGUUUUGGUACGAUUUCACUCUUGAAAAUUCGGUGCUCUGUGAUUUGUAAUCUUUAUGUCUAUUUGCACUGUAACAGCUUUAAACAAAAGUUUGCCCAUUUUAUUUAACCUGUUUGAUGGUCUUUGCCAUUUCACUGCUUAAAGGUUCUCAGAAAAGCAAGGAUCUUAAAGCAAAGAAAACAUUAUGUUCAUUACUCUAUUUGUUUAAAAGGUGGACUUAAUUCUGCUUCCUUUCCCCCAGAUAAUAAAUAUAAAAACUAGGCUAUCAAGGUUUUAUGAAAGGAGCAGAUUCCUUCAACCAGUCUCUCAAAAUACAAGCCCUCAAGUUUAUCUUAG